AUGUCUGCAGAACUUCACGCUACCGUCUACAUGGACUUGUCCAUCGGAGGAAUGGACGCCAAGAGAAUUGAAAUCGAACUCUUUGCUGACGUCCCAGAAACUGCUGAGAACUUUAGACAACUCUGUACUGGAGAAGCUGGAUUUGGAUUCAAGGGAAGCAAAUUCCACAGGAUCAUCCCCGGAUUUAUGGCCCAAGGAGGAGACUUCACUAAAGGAAACGGAACUGGUGGCAAAUCUAUCUACGGAGCUAAGUUUGCUGAUGAGAACUGGAACCACAAGCACGAAGGAAAGGGAACACUCUCUAUGGCUAACGCCGGACCAAACACCAAUGGAUCUCAAUUCUUCUUGUGUUUCAUCAAGACUGACUGGUUGGACGGAGCUCAUGUUGUCUUCGGAAGAGUAGCUGAGCACUGCCUUGAAGUACUUGAAGAUCUUGAAGCCGUCGGAAGCAAAUCUGGAAAGCCCAGCCAUGAAGUUGAAAUCGUCGAUUGUGGACAAUUGUAAUU